GGGCCGGAGACGCCCUUGGAGCAGGCCGGGCCUGCCGCCUCCCCCUGCUCGGCUGCCCCGGGCCGCCCCGAGGCCGACGCAGCGGCCUCCGCAGAGGGGCAGGGGUCGCCUGCCUCGUGCCAGGACCCGGACACUGCCCGUGUCCCCCCUGCGGGCUGUCAGUGCCACGGCCUCUGGGGCUCUCCUCUGAGUCUGCUGGACGAUGGGCCGAAUGCGUCUCCGGCGGGGAAGGCGCCCUCUUGGCAAGGGGCAAAAGGGGUGGGUGCCAACCCUCCCUGCCUGGCAUCUGCCCGGGCCUGUCCGCCCCCCGGCAGCCUCCCGGCGGUUCCACAGCAGGAUCAGGGCACCAGCAUCACCCCCAUCUCUGUGGCGCCUGCAGCUACCUGGAUCUCCCCGCUGAGCCUCCGGGAAGCUGGAGUUAACACCUCCCCUGCAGAGAAGGCCGACGGCACAGCCGAGACCGACUCCCUCCUUUGGCACUAUUCCCGGGAUCAGCUGAACCGCCUGUCCCGGGCGGAGCUGGAGGAGCGCCUGGAGAGCACCCUGAUCAUCAUGGAAGCCCUCUCGCGCCAGAUCCGUGCCGGCCAAGAGCUCCGGCACCCCACAGCCUGGAUAGGGCCAGCGGACCAGAGAGACACAGCCACCCAGACCCCCGCCUCUGAGUCCAAAGAGGAGGAGCGACUGUAUCACGACCUGUACGUGGAGCUCAGGCGGCGAUUCUGGUCUCUGCAGCAAAGCCAGGAGAGCCAGCAGGGUCUAGCCCAGCGGCUGGAGAGCGCCGGCGAGGAGAUGAGAGCGUGGUCUUCCGAUUCCAGGCAGCUCCGGGCCAUGGUGGAGGCCUCCUUCCUGCACCUCCAGGAGGACCGGCAGACUCUCCGCCAGCAGCAGAAGCAAGCGGGCAGCCUGCUCUCUCGGUGCAGGGCCCUGCUGCAGAGGUGGGGCCGUAAGCGAGGUGAGAUGGCGCGGACCCUGGAGGCGGCCCUGAAGGCGAAGGACGCGGCCGACCUGGUCCGGGAGUCGGUGCAGGCCUGCGCCGCGGCCCAGAUCCGGAAGCUGGAGCAGAGUGCUGAGUCCCGGCAGUCCUUGUGGGCCCUGCUGCAGGAGGCGAAGAGGCUCAAGGCCGACUUCUCUUCUGGAUACGCCAGCCACGUGGAGCAGGGGGACCGCCUCGCUGCAGCCCUGCAGGCCGACUGGGCCCAGAUGCGGCUUGACUACGAGGGCUGCCGGAGCGCGGUCACCAAGUGCCUCAGCGCCACCCAGAGGAUGGGAAAGGAGGUGGAGGCUGCCAGGCGCGAGGGUGCCCGGCACCAGGAGGUCUGCCGGAAGCUGGAGGAGCGGACGGUGGAAGUGGUGGAAGCGCUGGGCCGGGUGAACGAGCUGGUGGAGGCGAACACGCGGCUGGACCAAGACCUGCAGGCUGCUCUGCAGAAGGCGACGGCCUUGGAGCGCCAGGUGGAGCAGUUGCAGGAAGAACAGCUGGCCCUCACCCAGCAGCAGGAGGAGAAGGCGGCGGCCAUCCAGGAGCUGCAGGAGGAGGUGGCCUGGCUGACUCGGGAGAAGGAAAGAGUGGAGCAGGAACGCGACAGCGCCCAGCGGGACUUUCGGGAGGCCUCGGACUGCCGCGAGUUUAUCGAGCAGGAGAACCAGGUGGUACGGCGCCAGCUCAGCGAGACGGAGGAAGAGCUGAAGGCCACCCUCUCGACUUUGCGGGAGCGCAGCACCCAGCUGGAGGAUCACAAGGAUGCGCAGCAGAAGCUCCGGCAGGAGCUGGACUCACUACACUCCGAGCUGGCUAGUGCCAGGGCUGGGCUCCGGGGCACCGAAACCGGCCUGGAGGCGCUCUCCCAGGCCGUGCUGGAGAUGGGGGCGCUCCAGGCCCAGUUCCUGGAGGCCAAAGACUUUCUCCAGACAGCACGACCAGGCGAGGCAGCCCAAGCAGCCCCACGAAGCAGUGCCUGCACUCCAGGGCGGCGCACCCCCCACCGCUUGGGGGUCUCCUUGGUGGACAGCGUCCUGCAAGCUGCCUCCCAGGACGCCGCGAGAACCCCGGGCCUCUGGAGUGAGACCACGGCAUUUACCCGCAUCGCCCCAGCAGCUCCUCCCCAGCCAUCACAGAUCAGGGCCUGCUUGGCCGCCAACACGCAGGACCUGCGGCGGGUAGCGGAGCAGCUGUGCCUCCUGGCCAGGCAUCGUCAGGAAGAGGUCCAGGAGCUGCAGGCCCAGAUUCUGCAGCUGGAGCAGCAGCUGGAAAACGCUCAGAGGCAGCACCAGGCCGAACUGGACGCCUGCAAUGCCGCCCACGCCAAGCUGAGCAAGGCUCUCCACCUGAGGAUCCAGAGCGAAAAGGAGCUGCAGGAGCUGCUGCGUCAGCAGGAGGAGAAGCAGGACCAGCUGAGUGACCGGAGGAGGGAAGUGGGGACCCUGCAGGAGGAGGUGGCCCAGCUGAGGCUGGCACUGCAGAAGUCGGAGACGGCGGCGGCCACCCUUUGGGAGGAGCUGAGCGGGACCCAACUCCCUGACGUCCAGGAGAAAAUCUGGCUGCGACAGGAGGUCGGGAAGCUGAAGGAGCUGCUGCUGCAGAAGGACGCCGAGCACACGGAAGCCCUGACCAGCCACGUGGUCCAGGUGAGAUGCCUGGAGGAUCGGCUGCGCCAAGCCCAGCGGCUGCUGCGGCACCAGAAGGCGGAAGCGGAGCUGAAGGAGGCCCUCUCCUUGUUGCCGGCCGAAGUGUCCAGCCUCGCCGAGGUGCAGCGCCUCCUGGACCUGCUCGCCUGAAGCUGCCACAGAGGGGGACGCGGGAGGCCGCCCUUACCUUAUCUGUCCCUCGAAGUAAAUGUUGGUGUGACCUC